UGUACUUUUUUUUUUCCUUGAAGAAUAUUCCUUAUUUCUAAAUACUUGAAUAGACAGAAAUAAGUGGAAUUCUCCUCACGUCCUUUAAAUAAAAACAUGCUUCAUACCUUGUCUGAAAAGGCAGACUUUGACGGCGGAAGUAUGGGUCCUAGAAGAAGGACUUACUUCAGACAAAUUGCUUUUCUAGGAGUUCUCCUUUGUAUAAUCUUAUGGGGGUCAACCUCUCUUAUUACUUCGGUUGCGUAUCUCAGACAGACAACUGCCACCGAUAAAUUAAAUUUCCUUCUUCAACAAAAUUCCCCUGAUUUACUUCAAAAAUUUAGAGCAAACAAGAAUCUGAAAUCUCAUCAGGUGGAUAAAAAUGGUAAGAAACCCCUUGAUUUUGACGCGGUUAGAUCUGCAAAGUUUAGACCAAACCAUCAACAAUUACAAUGGAUCAAGGAACCUAAUUCAAUCUUGAAUGAUAAAGGUACAUAUGUAUUGAAGAGUGAAAAUGAGUUCCAUAACGCUACUCAAUACGUUAUCAAGUCUAUUGAAGAUGAUUCUUAUCAAUACAAUCUUUUCAAUGAUACUUCUUUUGUCUAUGGGAACGUUGAAUAUUCUAUCGAUCAACUUGUCGCUUCGCCAGAUCUUUCAAAAGCAAUCCUCAAGACAAAUUCUACUCAUAAUUGGAGACACUCUACAUUUGCUCUCUAUUGGGUAUUAGAUGUUUCCGCAAACACCAUCACUCCACUUCGUGAUACUAAGGAAAAGAUUGCCACCACGAGCUGGUCUCCUUCCUCUACCAAUAUUGCCUACAUUUACGAAAAUAACGUUUACAUUAAGGACAUUCAUACCUCCAAAACUGAACAAGUAACUUUCGAUGGUGGUGCAGAAUUAUUCUAUGGUAAACCAGAUUGGGUCUAUGAAGAAGAAGUGUUUGGUACUGACAUUGCUCUUUGGUGGUCUCCAACUGGAGAUAAAGUUGCAUUUUUGAAGACUAAUGAUACUUUUGUCCCAGAGUAUGUUCUUCCUUACUUUGUUCAGGAUGAAUCAAAGUAUCAAGACUACCCCGAAAUUAGAAAGAUCAAAUAUCCAAAGGCAGGUUAUCCUAAUCCUAUUGUUGAUUUGAUUAUUUAUGAUUUGAAAACUACUGCUCAAUCUUCUUCAGAAAUGAAUGUUUCUGACUUUAAAGCUAGUUCUGUGCAAGAUAGAUUAAUCACUGAAGUUGUUUGGGUUUCUGAAGAAUAUCUUUUAGUUAAAACUUCAAAUAGAGCCAGUGAUAUUUUGGAUAUCUUUUUGAUUGAAGCGAAAACAAAUGAUGCCCAACUUAUUCGUAGUCAUACUGCCGAGAAUUCUUGGUUUGAAAUCACCUCAAAUACCAUAUAUGUUCCUAAAAAUGAAACUCAGGGCCGCCGUGAAGAUGGUUACAUUGAUACAAUUGUCAUUGAUGGAUAUAACCAUUUGGCCUACUUCAGUCCACCACAAAACCCUAAUGGUAUUAUCUUGACUCAAGGUCAAUGGGAAGUAAUUGAAGGUGUUUCAUCUCUUGAUUAUGUCAAUAAUGAAGUUUAUUUUAUUGGAACCAAAAAAUCUUCCAUUGAAAGACAUAUUUAUUCUGUCAAUUUAGCUGAAGCUGCUUCCAGUACUUCAGAAACAAUCAUUCGUAACGUUACCGAUGUUUCUCAAGAAGGUUGGUAUAGUGGGUCGUUUUCUUCAGGUUCAAGAUAUUUAUUAUUAGAUUACCAAGGGCCUUCAACCCCAUAUCAAAAACUUAUUGAUUUACAUAACUUAUCAGACGCUUCCUCGUCUACAAUCAUUGAAGAAAACAAACAAUUGAUUGAAAACUUGGAAGGAUAUAACAUCCCAGAAACCAACUAUCAAGUUAUUACUUUGGCAACUGAUGAAGAAACUGGAGAAGAAAUUAAGGCCAACGCAAUGGAAACUUUACCAUUAAAUUUCGACCCAUCCAAGAAGUAUCCUGUCUUGUUCUUUGUCUAUGGAGGACCAGGUUCUCAAAUGGUUAGUACCACCUUUGGAGUCGGAUUUAGUGAAGUGGUGGCAGCUGAAUUAGAUGCUGUUGUUGUCACUGUUGAUGGUAGAGGUACUGGAUUCAAUAAUCUCAAUGAGAAAUUGGGUGCCGACUUCAAGUUCUGUGUUCGUGAUCAAUUGGGAUAUUAUGAACCAAGAGAUCAAAUUUCCGCUGCGAAGAACUGGAGUAAAAGAGAUUAUGUUGACUCAAAUAGAAUUGCAAUUUGGGGGUGGUCAUACGGUGGAUUUUUGACAUUGAAAACUUUAGAAACUGACUCUGAAGAACAUGUAUUUUCUUAUGGUAUGUCAGUGGCUCCAGUGACUAAAUGGAAAUUGUAUGAUUCUAUUUAUACUGAAAGAUAUAUGAGAACUCCACAAGAGAACCCCAAGGGUUACGAAACCGCAUCUAUUCAUGAUUUAUCCAACUUCCACAACGUUACUAGAUUUAUGAUUGCACAUGGAUCUGGAGAUGAUAAUGUACAUUUCCAAAAUAGUUUGAAACUUAUUGAUGAAUUCAACUUAGCAACAAUUGAAAACUUUGAUUUCUACAUUUUCCCAGAUUCAGAUCAUUCUAUUACCUACCAUAAUGGUGGGGUUGUGGUUUACGAUAGACUCCUCACCUGGCUUAAGAGAGCAUUUGAAGGUGAGUAUAUUUAAGUUGAAAGAAC